AUGGAGAUGAGUAAAAUUAGGAAGACUAUGAUGAAAGUAAAAAAGAGAACAAUCCAAGCUCUCCUUUAUAUAUCCGAGGACGGAUUUGAUUUAGCAAAGAGUCCUUUUUUUAAUUGUUGUAAAAUAGUGAUAUAUUUUUUAUAAUUGGAGGGAUAUGUUUUUAGUCAAUUCGAAAGUAAACAUUUGAAUUUGUCUGAAAAUAUCUAUCUCUCCAAUUACACUCAAUUGUCACCCUUGACUUUCCUACUGCUGCAAAUUGGGAACGACAUCUUGACAUCUUUCUUCUUUUAUUUCAUAUUUUGUUUGCAUGUCAUAGUUUAUUUGACAUUGAUUAAGAUGUCCCUGGAUUCAGACAUUGCAAAGCCCAAUUACAUUAAGAAAGUAUUGAACCUGUUUUUCAUUAAUUAUCAAUGGAUAUUUGUUACGCCCUUUUAGGAAAUAAGCGUUGGAGUCAUGGUUUGCGGUAAGACGGCCUUCAUAAAGGAUAAUCAAUUCUCACCUAAUUGCACAUCAGAGAAAAAUAAAUUAUUUUAUGUCUUCGGAGUAUUGGGAACUCUUUUUGUGUCACUUUCAGGAUUUUCGAUAUCAUAUUUCUUUAGAAAUUACCAAUUUUAUGAAAAAACAUUUUCGAGAUCUUUUAGUUACACCAAUGUAUUCAGGAUAAUGCUGCAUCAGUUAGUGAUAAUACUUUAUUAUAUCAACUUUCCAGGAAUAGAUUUUGCAAAACAUGCUUUUCAACAAUUAUUGGGGAUGUCCUUAAUUUAUGAUAUCCUCGUGAAUUAACCGUUUGGAUAUUCCUUCGAAGCCAACUUUUACAGUUCUGCCACCUUCACUCAUCAGUACUUCCUAAUUCUCACAUCAGUUUGGAUCUUUAGUCCUGGACUGGAAGACUACUUCAUGUUCUAUACGUUUCUUUUGAUUGCACCUUUGUUGAUUACAUUGUCUAACCAAUUUCAAAAGCGAGAUUAAAUUAAGAUAUGCAAUACUUUCCAAUUGGCCAUUUACAACAACAGGGCUGACAAAUACUUGGAAGAGAUCUACAGGACUGCUGAAGAAAGUGACACAAGCAUCGAGUCAAAAAUAUUGUUUAUUUAAAUCCUUAAUCAUCACAUACAAUUAUGCACUGACAAUUAAUGUUCAUGCAUGUUGAAUGUAUAAAACUUCUUUCAAAAUAAUUCAGUUGAUUACAAACAAUUAAAUUUGUGGACAACAUAUGUUUUCGAGAAAUGUUUACAACUUGCCCUCUUGAAUCGCGAUUAUGAAUUCUAUGAGCAUUUGGCCUUGAAAUAUGUCACCUUUUUAGCAAAGUACAAAAAUAAUCCCAUCAAUGCCUACACUAUUCUGCAAUAGAUAAUGAACAAUUAACAAUCUUAGAAUUUGCAAAUCAAAGGUCGUUAAGUGCAAUCUUCAUCCUUUUAUUUUCUCAACAUCCAAUUCAUCUUAUAGAAACGAAACAGAGCUCAAUUUCAAAAUCAAAACGUUCAUCAUUCUGAAUAAAUCCUCCAGUUAUUGAAGGGUCAUUCAAUCAUCGAAAAUAUAGGGACUCUUCUACAAUAGGAAAUCAGAUCCUUGGCAUUGAUCAAACAACAAUUCUGGGAAGACUAUUACAACAAUAAGAUCUAGACAUUCCAAUAAUUGUUAGAGUAAUUAAAUAAGAUGUAGAAUUAAAUACAUACAGUCUGCACUCUUGUGAAAAUGCUCAGAAGCAAAAAUGUUAAGAAAAAAUAAUUGGUAUUUGAUUGUGUUAGCAUAUUAAAUCUCGAAUUAUUAUUCAAGAUUUGCUCCACCAAUAAUAUUUUAGAAAUCUAUGAGAUCCAACAUCAAAUCUAACAGAUUUUGUUUCUUGAAUAAUAGGAAUUGGAAUCCUUUUUGAAUUUCCACUUUCAGAAUUAACAGAGCAUUGGACUGGUCUCAAAUAUUACACUGAAGAGAAGAGGGGAAUUGUGGAAACCAAAUUAAGCCUUACUUGAAUAAUACUUUAAUGUGAACUUCCAGAUAUCUCAUCUCAAUCAGUUGAUGCCUCCAUUCAUAGCUGAUAUUCACGAUGGAAUCAUUGAGAACUUUAUUCGUAAGGGCUAUAGUUACAAGAUGGAAUAGACUAGCUUGAUAUUUUCUAUUUACGGCGAAGGAUUGAUCCAACCUCUGUAAUUCACUUUGGGAUAUUUCUUUCCCAAAUUUUCCUCUGAUUUUGAGUUCUACUUGAUGGCCUUUUUCAAAAAGAUCGAAAGCAAUUAGAGAGCAGGCAGCACAGAGAAAAGUAAUAUUGGCUACAUAUAUUUUGACAUAAAUCUUAAUGUGUUAGGAGUGAAUGAAGUUGUUUACACUAAGGUAUUCAACCAACAAAGUUUGGAUUUAAACAAAUUGGAAUUAUGUUACAUCAUACCCUCAGUAAUCGAUUCAUUGAUAGCUCAAUAUCAUUUUAUGAUUGAAAGAUAAGUCAGCGAAUUGGUGGACAAUGAUAUCAUUAUGCAGAAACAAUAGGAAUCAUUCUAUGUGCCUAGAGAUCUAAGGAAAAUCUACUAGAUUAAUCAGAAUUGCAGUCUCAAGAACAGGCUGUCCUAAUUGGAGGAUAUCCAGGAUGAUUUACAAAAGGCUAAUCCUUUUGGAGAUCUGAAACAAUAUUAAAUUAGCUAUCAGUUAUUCUCCAAAAUCAUACAUUAUUAGAAGGGCAAUGUUUUGACCAGCAAAGACUUCUUUUUUUUGAAGUUGUAAUUUCUGGAGGAACAAGAUAAUAAAAAUGAUUUUAAAGAUUAAAAGGAUUCAAAAUUACACAAUUAACCUUAAAAUAUCUUAAACACUCCAAAUGGUAGUUCGAUCACUAGUCAAAGUAUAGAAAAUGCCAUACUCGAAUUAGGAUCAUAAAGAUCCAAAUCAAGUAAUUAGUCUCUACUAUAACAAUCAAAUUAAUUUCAUAAUCAAUUAUUGAACAAUAAAAAUAAAAACAUCACCUUAUUAUUUAUUUUAAUCAAUCUGAUCUUUGCCAUUUUCUUUUUGGCUACCUUCAUUAUCAUAAGUUUCAUCAUUUUGAGUAAAUUUUCAAUUGGAAAUUAUUGCAUUUCAACACAAACUCAUGUUUUACGAGAAAUUUCAUCUUUGGGCAGUAUUGUCAACGCCCUUAAUAAUGAACAAAUAUCUACAACCAUCCCAUUAAGUAAAGUCGCAUUACAAUUUGAUUAAUAGAACAUUGUCAUCUCCUCAGAAGAUAAUUUAAAUUUUUAAUAGUAAUUGAUAUCCUAUUUGACCAAUUAAAUUACUACUGUUAUUUAGGAAAGGAAUGUCUAAAUGGAAACUAAGGAAGACCUACAACUCGUUUAUGUAAAUGAGAUGACUGCUAGUAGGAAUGUCCAAAGUCUGUAAAAUGUUUUGAUUUUAAGAUAAAUCAUAUUAACAAGCAUUUAAAAUAAUGAUAUCAGGAGGAAUAUCAAAGAUUUAAGUACUAUUAUUAUUAAUUAUCCUAAACACAUUCAAUACUUAAAUGAAAAUAUCAUCAACUGCUUUAUAGAGUUUGAUAAUUAAUUAAAUUCGUCAACCAACACAUCAAAUCAAGUGAUUAUCAGUCUCUAUGUCUUACUAUUUAUAAUCUUUGUGCUUCAAUUAUUGGUAAUUAACAAGCUCUUUCGUUAACGGAAAUUAAUAUUAAAGCUAUUCACAAGAACAGAUUACAAAGAAGCUUUGUUAGAGUCAGAGAAAUUUAGUGUAAUUUAGAAUACAUUAAGAAACUUAGAAAAUAUUUGGUUAUCCAAAAACAUCUCUGUUUUGCUUCAUUCCAUUAAUUAGAAAUCAUUGAAGGAUGAUGAUGAUCUGGGUUAUUAAUAAAAACAAUCAGACAGAGGGAAAACAAUUAAGUCGGAGAAAAUAGAUAACUUUGACAAUGUGAAAUUUAAAAUAUCGAUAUCUCACCAAUUAUCAAAUUUAUUAAGUCUACUAAUAAUUAUUGGAAUUACAGUAUUCACAUUUGUGUAUAUCAUAUCAUUCCAUGUUCAGAUAGUCAAUUCAUCAUAAAACCUUGAUUAAUACUCCUUCUUUAGUCAAAUUCUAUAGUAGUUUUAUUAUGAUUAUCUGAACUCCUACAGUAACUGCCAAUAUCAAAUGAUGUUUCAAAUGUAUAAGUAUUAAAAAGACUCUCAAUUACUCUAACAAAUAUAUGAGCAGAAUCAAUCUCAAAUUGAUAAUUUAAGCAAGGACUUAGAUCAUUUGAACACUAAUGAAUUUAACACCAUUUUAUUGGCAUCCAAUUAGACCGAUAUAUAAAAUAUACUAUAAAUGAGCGAUGAAAACUUAGAACUAUUUUUUUAGGGAUAUUUGUGUUAAGUCGAUGAGUCAAUAUGUUACUAAGAAAAUAGAGAUCUAGAUUUUCAAUCUGAAUUACUGACUUAUUAUAAUAAGAGUGAGCAUCAAUUGCUUUUACAACAGGGACAAGUGUUUUAUUAAAAUAGUUAAUUGUAUAAUGAGAAUGAUCCUGACGUUAUAAUGGAUAAGAUUGAAAAGAUAAUGACUUCUUCUGAUUAUUUUUUGAAUAAUAUUUGGGGUUUUGAUAUCAUUAAUUAGAGGAUAUCGAAUAGCAUAAUUUAUUUGACAGAACGUAUGACUAAUAAUGUAUAGCAAUCUGGGAAUUCAAUGUUUUUAUUCGCAUUAAUUUUGGGAGUAUUUUAUUUCUUUAUAACAUUGAUUGCACUGUUGCUUUAUGGUAAAUAUUCAAAGAAGUAGAACUAAAUAAUUAGACAUUAUCUAAUAUAGGUACCAUUUGCAACAAUAUUGAAAAAAAACAUUUAUUAAUAGCUGAAAUUUAUAGAUUGA